GACGAGGAGUGCUGGUUCCCCAAAGCCACGGACAAGAGCUUUGUGGAGAAGGUCCUACAGGAGCAAGGAACGCAUCCCAAAUUCCAUAAACCCAAGAAACUGAAGGACGAGGCGGAUUUCUGCAUCAUGCACUAUGCUGGAAAGGUGGAUUAUAAGGCGGAUGAGUGGCUGAUGAAGAACAUGGACCCACUGAACGAUAACGUGGCGACUUUGCUCAAUCAAUCCACCGACAAGUUUGUUUCGGAGCUGUGGAAGGACGGUGAGUCGAUAUAUCACAUUGGAUCAGCUAUUAAAUGCAUAGGUUGUGGAGGAAGACUAUAAAUGCCGAAGAAAUGUGUAGGACACAAGGGCGUGAAGCUUUUAAACUCAACAAAGGGGUACAAUGACUAACGGAUUUGUCCUCUUCUGCUGGUGUUUGGUCCUCUGUUUCUUCCCCUCUCCAUCCAUCCAUACAUCCACCCCUUGUUUCACGUCCUCCUGGACCUCUGUACACACCGUCUCCCAUCUGUCCGUCUCCCUCAGAGGUCCAGAACUGUCAGAGAGCUUAUUUC